AGCCUGCCCGUGCCCGUCUCUCUCCAUUCUUGUCUUGUCUCCCUUGGCUAGGUAGGGCAAUUGUGGCAGCCUUACCAGUUCAUUUAUUUCGAUACUGACGCGUCAAUCUGCCCGCCGACCCUUUCUCAGCAAUAAACCGGUUACUGUCGCUACAGGUUACUGCCGAUACAGGCCAUGGACUCACAUACACCGGCUGCGCCUGGACUUCAGGUUGGAGUCGUUGGCGCUGGUGUUGCCGGAUUGUCAGCUGCCAUUGCUCUGAGAAGGAUCGGUCACAAAGUUGAGAUCUUUGAGCGGUCGCUAUUUAAAAACGAGAAUGGUGCUGCUGUUUCCAUCCCUCCAAAUGGCGGACGAAUUCUCAAACAUUGGGGGUUCGACUCCGUCAAAGCUGGUGGCAUAGAGAAUAUCCAGGUUCGUCGGCCGAAGGGAGACACUCUAGAGCCAAUGGCAUCAACACUGUCCUUCGCCAACAUCGAACAACGAUUCGGCAACAAAUGGUAUUUCUACCACCGAGUGGAUAUGCAUCGUCACUUGAGGGAGAUUGCCGAAGCCGGCGGCACAGUUAUUCGACUUGGUGCUCAAGUCACAGAUGUCGACCCCGAAUCAGGAAUGAUCCAUCUCAAAGAUGGCUCGCAAUUUCAGAAGGACCUGGUCGUUGUUGCUGACGGACAGCAUGAUCGGCUCAACUUCAAGAUCACCGGGAAAGAGGUGCCAAUGCAACGAAGUGGUCAAACCGCUUAUCGUUGCCUCAUUCCUAUGAAAGACAUUCUCGAAGACGAGGAAACCAAGCACUUGUUCGAGGGCCAGCCACCGGGGUUUUGGGCCCCUGCUCUGCCAGCCAAAGGUGUCAUGGCAGUCACUUAUCCCUGCCGAGAUAACCAAAUCCUCAAUGUGCUGGCCGUUCACCGCAAGUUGGGUCAGCAUGCGACUAGCGAAGAAGAUGCCAUUAUCGAGGAUUGGAACUUUCCAGCUACUCACGAAGACCUCGAGAAGGUCCUCGACGGCUUUCACCCGGCCGUCAAAAAGGUCUUCCUGAAGUCUCCCGAGGUUAAGGUCUACACUCAGAUGAAGAGAGAUCCGCUGUCAAAGAUGACCAAGGGAAAGGCAGUUUUGAUCGGAGAUGCAUGCCAUCCGAUGCUUUUGACCCAUGCACAGGGAGUAUCGUCCUCCAUCGAGGAUGCUGCUGCACUGGAAAUCUUCCUGGCUGAUGUACCUCCUUCGGAAGGUGUGAGCGCUAAACCGUCAGAAAAGCUUCUCCAGCGACUAGAACAGUUCGAAAAUUUCCGUCUACCGAGGGUCUCUGCCACGCAAAUCCUGACAAAUCCAAUCGUGCCUGGUCCGCAGGCUGCGGCGAAGGCUGCUGAACAGGAGGCCGAAAUCAGAAAAUACUACUCCGGACCUCUGCCUAUCACGGGAGCCAUGCCGCACAGUCCACCUAUCUGCCAGUUUUUCUUCGGGUAUGAUGUGAGGAAAGAGGCGAUCCAGUAUCUCGAGGAAGCCAACGCACAGAGCCAGACAGUCGACAGAACGGAUCAAGAAGAACAACCUAUAGUACCAGCCGUUACUGCUGUUGCUCAGGUUGUUAAUGAGAAGACAUUGGCCGAGACGCCGGCACCUACUCCGGUGAAGGUCGAAGAAAAGGUUAUCGAAGUUUCUGUGACGACCAAGGGCGACAUCCCUCCUAUCGAGCAGAGAGUCCUGGACUUGGAACGAAAGCUCGCGGACAUGGAGAAAAAGAUGGCUCAGCUUGUUCAUAUUUCGACCACGGAAGUGCAAUUGACUCCGCCUCAGUCGCCACCCUCGCCUUAUGAGGCGACUCCUAUCGUGUUCGCAUCUUGAAUAUGUCAUCAUAUAUGCGUUGUGCACUGGGAGAAAAGAGCCAUGGUAGAUUGACGCGGCUCCAGUGUGUGCUCACCUUGAUCUAAUGACCAGGGGUGACGAGGGCUGACGGCUUAAAAUAUAUCGAGGGUACAACAUUUGAUUCAGCCACAGAUGCUGGUGGUUCGCAUUAGACGUUGCAUUUCAGGUUGCCUUUAAUAUGUUGUGCUAGUCUGAUC